AAUUCAGUGGCUAGGCACCGCAGUUAGCUCGUUUACUGUUUCGGCAAACCGCUGUUGUGGAUAGAGGGGAACGGAAAGAGAAAGUCGGCUACAGCAUUUUUAGAAGAUAUUUAUCUACUGUACAUCUUCGUUGUCUAUUUUGCUCAGGCACCAUGGCGUGUGGAGCUACGUUAAAGCGCUCGAUUGAGUUUGAGGCCCUACUCAGUCCUCAGUCUCCUAAGCGCAGAAGGUGCAAUGCACUACCGGGGGCUCCAAGCACCCCGUCCCCUCAAAGGUGCAACCUCCGUCCGCCAGUUGACUGCCCAUCGCACUCGAUGUCUCCCCCGACUAUGGGAGGAGAACACAGGCUAACUCCAGAGCAGAUCUUCCAGAACAUCCGUCAGGAGUACAGCCGCUACCAGAGGCGACGGCAGCUGGAGGGGGCCUUCAACCAGAGUGAGGCUGCCUGUAGCUCCACCGAUGCCCCCAGUUCCGCCCUCACCGCCCCCAGCUCCCCACCAGGUGCCUCGAAGAAGGACCAGCCGUCGUUCACACUGAGGCAGGUGAGCUACCUGUGCGAGCGCUUGCUCAAAGACCACGAGGAGAAGAUCCGGGAGGAGUAUGAACAGAUCCUCAACACAAAACUUGCAGAACAAUACGAAUCUUUUGUGAAAUUCACACAAGACCAGAUCAUGCGAAGAUACGGCGCAAGGCCUGCUAGUUAUGUCUCUUGAAUUCCCCAUCGACGAGGUACCAGCUUUUCUCACAAGAUGGCUGCUCUUCUACUGCCCCUUCCUCAACUAGAUUUGUGUUUUUUUAAUGCUUUUUUGGGUGCCAUGGUUUAUCCAUUUUUAUUAUUUUUUAUUUUUUUGUCAAACUGUCUGCUGGCCAAAGCGCUAUAGUUAUUAUUAUAUGCUAUUGCUCUGGAUUUUUGACGAAAGCAGCUCUGUCGUUCUCCCCAGUGCUGUAGUGGCUUUUCUGAUCCUUCUGUAUUAUAACCUGCCAGCGCUGCCCCCUCUGCAGAAGCUGUAUUACUAAAGCCCCCUGGCCUCAUCCAACCAGGUUCUUUUUCUUUUCCAACUCUUUACCUGAGGAUGUGGAAUUCUUUUGAAAAUAAAAUUUCUGUGAUUUAAAA